AUGGCUGAAUCUAAGAAGAAAUGUCGGCAGUACAGUAUUGAUUAUUUGAAAUUUGGUUUUCUUCCAUCAAAGGCAGAUAAACGAUUGCCGACAUGCCUUUUAUGCAAAAAAGUUUUGAGCAAUGACUCUAUGAAACCAUCGAAGUUCGAAGACCGUCUAAGAAGGUGUCAAGUGUGUCCUUAUAAAAUAGGUAAAGAUUUAAAAUAUUUUCAAUCAUUGAAGGAAAAAUAUGAAAAGAGACCCACCGUGCACAGUAUGUUCGCUUCAACAUCUCAAAGUAACGAUGAUGGCUUGCGGGCAUCUUGCAAUAUCUCAUUGCUUAUUGCGAAAUCUGGAAAACUGCACACCAUCGGAAAACAGUUAAUUUUACCCGCUGUUGAAGAGAUCAUAAAUCCAUUUGAUGAAACGGAUGUGGCGGGUGUAGUAUUACAAGAGGAACUACUAGAGCUCAGCACCAAUGAAGAGCUGAAGGUGCAAUUUAAAAAAGGCUAUCAAAGAUUUUGGCUGCAGUCAGAUUUACCUGAAAAAUAUCCAGGGCUGUGGGAAAUUACGAGAAAACUUUUGAUAGCGUUUCCCUCGUCAUACCUUGUUUAA